AGUGCUGCUGAUUUUAACAUAAAUCGUGUAAAAAUAUCUCUGCAUCCAAGACUGCGUCAUAUAUGGUGCCCUACUUCAAGAAUCUGGUUAUGCUGAGCAUAGUGCUUGGGAGUGGAUCUUUUCUGUGUAUGGUGUUGUACGGCGACCCGAGGGUUUAUAUUAAAAAAUAUGGAAGAUUAUAUAAGUUACGCGAAGACAUUAAAAAACGUCCCAUAAUAAUACACAGCACUAACGCUACGAACAACACAUUUUACUCUGACGAUGAAAUUCGGAAAAUGGGGAAAUGGGAGGAAGUGAAACCAUGUCCAGCUCACCCUUUGCUAGGGUCGAACACAACUCACAUUUGGGUUGAAAGAGAUAAUUUUCCCUAUUACAGUUUAAAUACCUCUACGAGUAUUAUAUGCUGUUAUCAAUCUUUUUACCGUCCUAAAACGGUAGACGACAUCACGUCUUUGAAAAUAGAUAAUCGAGUCAAAUACAACCCUUGUCGUAAUUUUUCAGAUUACAUUCUAGCUGAAGACGAAUUUGUGAGGGUUAAAUGUAGUCACGGAAAAAAAAUUACAAAUUCUUUUUUUCUAUUUGCUCGUGAAAAGAAAAUCUCAGUUAAACCAAAAACAGAUUUACCGUAUAACAUAUUGAUUCUAGGAAUAGAUUCGGUAUCUAGAUUGAAUCUCCAUAGGACUAUGCCCAAGACUGUAACAUUUUUGAACACGUUGGGUGCUGUAGAAUUGUUAAGAUAUAAUAAAGUAGGGGACAACACCUUUCCCAAUCUAAUACCACUUUUGCUUGGUAAACACGUAACAGAGCUGCAGGAAACGUGUUGGCCCAACAAGAAGCUCACGUUUGACAACUGUCCUUUUAUAUGGGAGCGGUUCCAGCAGGCGGGCUUCGCCACAGCUUACGGAGAGGACCACACAAUGAUCGGGACGUUCAACUAUAACAGGCGGGGGUUUGCAGGCUCCCCCACCGAUUAUUAUCUGCGCACCUUCAUGGUCGAAGCUGAAACCUUUGCCAGAACAAACAACGGAGGAAAAUUCAAAUUAUGCUUGAACGACAAAUAUAUCUUCAAAAUUCUUCUGGACUAUGUCGAAGACCUUACAGCAGUGUCUAAAAGAAGUCUAUUUGGGUUCUUUUGGGAAAACACAAUGACCCAUGAUCAUUUAAACUAUCCGUCAGUGAUGGACGAAGACUAUACAGCGCUGUUUAAGAGGAUGCACAGCUCUGGUUACUUGAAUAAAAGUAUUGUAUUCUUAACAAGCGAUCAUGGCAUAAGAUGGGGCAAAUUUCGGAAAACUAGACAAGGAUUUUUGGAGGCCAGGUUACCCUUCGUGUUUGCUUUAAUACCUCCGUCGUUUCGGAAAAACUUUAGUGAGGCGUAUACAAAUCUGGUACAAAACGUACAUCGGCUAACUACACCAUUCGAUGUGCACGCCACUUUGAUCGACUUAAUUAAUCUGAAGACCAUUGAAAAUGCUAAGAUAAAUUACCGAACCAAUGAGGCUUAUACUAGUAAACGAAGCAUUAGUUUAUUUUUACCAAUUCCGGAGAACAGAACAUGUGAAUCAGCAGCCAUAGAUGCCCACUGGUGCGUCGAUUAUGGAAAUGUGAAAGUAGAUUCCAAUAGUCCUGAAGCAAGGGAGGCGGUAGAGUACGCAAUGUGGCAUUUGAAUGGUCUACUUAAGGAUUAUCCGCAGUGUGCUGAACUCACUCUUGAUAAAGUCUUGCUUGUUACUCGACUGGUAUCUGAUAGUUCCAAAGAGAAAAUUAAGACAUUGGUUGAGUUGACUGUAACGUUCAGUACGAAUCCCGGAGGCGGAGAAUUUGAAGCCACGCUAGGGAGGCAAGGAGGUCCUGGCAGUCCUUGGCUUUUGCUAGGCUCCGUAAGCCGAAUCAACGUCUAUGGAAACCAAAGCUACUGCAUCAAACACCAUGGAGACGCGCAGCUAAUGCUUUACUGUUAUUGCAUUUAUUAA